CAAAAAAUUUUCGCUCCUUGCCAGACGCCAGUUCCAAGCUUCCAUUGCAGAUUUCCCCACUUCCCCCGCUUCCGUUCAGGCGUUCAUCGCUUCCAGCCAGUCAGCCGCCCCGCCGUCACUCACACCCCGGAGCCGCUGUCCGCCAGCCAGCCUCUUGAAGCUGGAUCCAGAGAGUUGAAGGAGUACUCUUCCUAAAAUUGUUCGUAACCUCAACAGACGAUAGAAGUGAAAUGGGAAGUGAUUUGAAAAACUGGGUAUCUGAUAAUUUGAUGUCACUUUUGGGCUACUCCCAAAGUACACUUGUUAAUUAUGUGAUUGGUUUAGCCAAGAAAGCUUCCUCUCCUAAUGAGCUUGUGAGCAGGCUUAUUGAAUUGGGAGUAUCAUCUAACCACAAAACACAGGCUUUUGCACUAGAGAUUUUUUCUAGAGUUGAGCACAAGGCUGCAGGGCCGAAUCUAUAUCAGCGGCAAGAAAGGGAGGCAGCGAUACUUGCAAGGAAGCAAAAGACCUAUGCACUUCUGGAUGAUGAUGAUGAUGAGGAUGGUGAUGGUGAUGUUAGUGGUACUGUUGGCAGUAAUGCUGGUCCUGUGUCUUCACAAACUAGGAGAGAGGAGGGUCAUGGCAAGAGAUUUAGGAGGAGGGCUGGAACUGAUGCUGAUGAAGAUGAAGAUGAAGAGAAAAUUAAGGAAGCCGAAGAGGCAAGACGAGUCAGAAGACGAACUUCUGAAGAAGAUGAUGAUGGUGCUGAUAGUUCUGAGUCAGAAGAAGAAAGGUUGCGUGACCAAAGAGAGAGGGAGGAGUUGGAGAGGCAUAUAAGGGAAAGGGAUGCCGCAUCAACAAAAAAGUUGACUGAGCCAAAGUUAUCAAGAAAGGAGGAAGAGGAGGCAAUUAGGAGAUCUGAUGCUUUGGAGCGAGAUGAGAUUGGAACAUUGAGGAAAGUCUCACGGCAAGAAUAUUUAAAGAAAAGAGAGCAAAAGAAAUUAGAAGAACUCCGGGAUGAGAUAGAAGAUGAGCAAUACUUAUUUGAUGGAGUGAAGUUAACUGAAGCAGAAUAUAAGGAGAUGAGAUACAAGAAAGAGUUAUAUGAUCUAAUCAAGAAGCGGACUGAGGAGGCUGAUAACACAAAUGAGUAUAGGAUGCCUGAUGCUUAUGAUGUUGAAGGUGGUAUAAAUCAAGAGAAGAGGUUUGCUGUCGCAUUGCAACGCUACAGGGAUCCUGAGGCUAAUGAUAAGAUGAACCCAUUUGCUGAACAAGAAGCAUGGGAGGAUCACCAAAUCUCCAAGGCUACACUCAAAUUUGGUUCAAAGGACACAAAGGCAAAAUCCGAAGAUUACCAAUUUGUGUUUGAAGACCAGAUAGAUUUCAUAAAAGCAGCAGUUAUGGAGGGUGUUAAUGUUGAUCAAGAAUAUGCUGUUGAUGAACUAGAAACAUCUGUGGCUAAAUCAGCAUUUGAGAAACUACAGGCAGACAGGAAAACUCUCCCCAUCUACCCAUAUAGGGAUGAGUUGCUCCAGGCUAUUAAUGAUCAUCAGGUCCUAGUUAUUGUUGGAGAAACAGGUUCUGGGAAGACAACUCAGAUACCUCAAUAUUUGCAUGAGGCAGGGUACACCAAACGUGGAAUGGUAGGAUGCACCCAGCCUCGCCGAGUUGCUGCCAUGAGUGUUGCUGCCCGUGUUUCCCAAGAAAUGGGAGUCAAACUUGGGCAUGAGGUUGGUUAUUCAAUCCGGUUUGAAGAUUGCACUUCUGAGAAAACCCUUCUAAAAUAUAUGACAGAUGGGAUGUUGUUGCGUGAGUUUCUUGGGGAACCUGAUUUGGCAAGUUACAGUGUGAUCAUGGUUGAUGAGGCCCAUGAAAGAACAUUAUCAACUGAUAUCCUGUUUGGCUUGGUUAAGGAUAUUUCUCGUUUCCGCCCUGACCUCAAGCUUCUAAUAUCAAGUGCUACUCUUGAUGCGGAGAAGUUCAGUGACUAUUUUGAUUCUGCGCCCAUUUUUAAAAUACCUGGAAGGCGGUUUCCUGUUGAGAUACACUAUACUAAAGCACCAGAGGCCGAUUACUUGGAUGCCGCAAUUGUCACUGCCCUACAGAUCCAUGUGACGCAACCCCCUGGUGAUGGUGAUAUAUUAGUUUUUUUAACUGGACAGGAGGAGAUCGAGACAGCUGAGGAGAUUAUUAAGCAUAGGGUCAAGGGCCUGGGAACAAAAAUAGCAGAGCUAAUAAUCUGCCCAAUAUAUGCUAACUUGCCAACUGAGCUCCAAUCCAAAAUUUUUGAACCUACUCCUGAAAGAGCACGGAAGGUUGUCCUUGCUACAAAUAUUGCUGAAACUUCAUUGACAAUUGAUGGGAUCAAAUAUGUUAUUGAUCCUGGAUUUUGUAAGAUGAAGUCUUAUAACCCUCGUACUGGCAUGGAGUCAUUACUUGUCACUCCUGUUUCAAAGGCAUCUGCUAACCAACGGGCAGGUCGUUCUGGACGAACAGGACCUGGAAAGUGCUUUCGUUUGUACACUGCUUAUAACUACUACAAUGAUUUGGAAGAUAAUACAGUUCCAGAAAUUCAGAGGACCAACCUCGCAAAUGUAGUGCUUUCUCUCAAGAGCCUUGGCAUUCAUGACUUGCUAAACUUUGAUUUUAUGGACCCACCACCUGCUGAAGCUCUAUUGAAAGCACUUGAAUUGCUUUUUGCUCUAAGUGCUCUUAAUAAGCUUGGGGAGCUUACUAAAGUUGGCAGAAGAAUGGCAGAGUUCCCUCUUGACCCCAUGCUCUCCAAGAUGAUUGUUGCUUCUGAAAAGUAUAAAUGCUCUGAUGAGAUCAUAACUAUUGCAGCAAUGCUUUCUAUUGGAAAUUCAAUCUUCUAUCGCCCAAAGGACAAGCAAGUCCAUGCUGACAAUGCACGGUUGAAUUUCCAUAUGGGCAAUGUUGGAGACCAUAUUGCACUUAUGAAGGUUUAUAAUUCAUGGAAGGAAACUAACUUUUCAACCCAAUGGUGCUAUGAGAACUACAUACAGGUCAGAAGCAUGAAGAGAGCUAGAGAUAUCAGAGACCAAUUGGAGGGACUUUUAGAAAGAGUAGAAAUUGAGUUGACUUCAAAUCUCAAUGAUCUAGAACCUAUAAAGAAGUGUAUAACAUCUGGGUUCUUUCCUCACUCAGCAAAGCUGCAAAAGAAUGGAUCUUAUCGAACUGUUAAGCAUCCCCAGACUGUUCAUAUCCAUCCAAGCUCGGGCCUAGCUCAGGUUCUUCCUAGAUGGGUUGUCUACCAUGAGCUUGUUUUGACGAGCAAAGAGUACAUGCGGCAGGUUACUGAACUAAAGCCUGAAUGGUUGGUAGAAAUAGCUCCUCACUACUAUCAGUUGAAGGACGUAGAAGACAAUGUGUCCAAGAAAAUGCCACGUGGAGAGGGCCGGGCAUCUUAGUCCUGUCAGUUGAUUGGCUAUACCUCUAAAGAAUUUGGUACGAUUUACAUCAAUGUCACUGGUGCCUUCCACAUUGAGGCUCCUCGAAAACCAAGGUCCUAGCUGAUGCAGAAAAGCGAAUCUUAGCCAUGAAUCAGCAGCUGUAGUUCUAUCCGUCAUCUAAAGGUUGAACGUAGUAAUAGUGUUUUAGUGGUGAUAGACUACUGGUAGAUCAUAUCAUAUACAAAUUUGUAUAUCAGUAUAUGCAUGGAUGUGUUGUUUUGUAGCAGUGUAGCACUAGGGUUCUCACCCCAAUUUUGUCUAACUUCUUGUCAUAGUCUGUAAAUAAUGCUCAGAAAAUGAAUUAUUUUCAUUCACUGAUUUUAUUUUA